GAGAUCUGAAUGCAUUUGGCUGAAGUGAGACAGAUGCAGAGUGGCAGCAUAUGGGAUCGUUGUGGAAGAAGAUCCGGCAGGUGACUGAGAGCAGGAUGCCGUGGUUUAGCAGCUCUCACAUCAGAUGUCUGCCCGAUUCAGGCGUCAUCAACUUCUCAGAGAGCUGCGUUCCUGUGAAAUGAGCUGCAGGUCUUUAUUUCACCUGGACACAAGCAGGAGGCAGACAGAGCAGCUCCAGAUGAGCGGAGGAGUUCUGCGGACUGUGGACGAUGGAGAAGUGGACGAGACGACUAACGGGCGGUGCAGGCGGCUUAGACUCAAUCUACAAGGUCAGGAUCAGGCAGGAUACAGCUCAGAACGACACAACAGCAAGGAGAGCAGCAUCGCAGUAGUGCUGCCACAGAAACCAGAAGAGAAGGAGAAAACACCUAAAUUCAUCACUCCCAUAGACGAAAAAGUCGAAGUCAUCAAGGUUUACCUUCAAUCCCGUCCAGAGGCAGCAGAGAGCGUCAGGAUGCUGACGGACGAAGUGUCGCAGAUUCAGGAGGUGAGGUACUGUCUGAAGACUCUCAGAGAGCAGAUGGCAGCCAGGCAGAGCAGCAACAACAAGUAUCCAGUUAAUGGCUUCAAAGUCACUGUACCCAUCAGCCAACCAGCCGUUACCAACGGCAACGGCUUCCACAACGACACAGACUCCAACGUGGAGGAUAAUCAGGAGGAGAGCGUGAAGCUGAGGGAGGCGACCAGGCGGCUGUACUCGCAGCUGACGGAGAUGGAGAAGAGGCAUCAGGAAGAGAGGGAGAGACUGCAGGCAGAGUCGGACGAGUAUCGCCUUCGUCUGGCCGAGCAGUCGGAGCGGCUGCAGAAGGCGGAGGAGCAGUCGGACGAGAGGGGUCAACAGGUGGACGAGCUGCAGAGGCUGCUGGGAAAUAUGGAGAUGGAGAGCGGCGCCCUCAAAGAGAAGUUGGCUGCAGGGGAGGCGGAGCUGCUGCAGCUUCAAGAGGAAAGAGAGGACGGGGAGGAGAGCGAGCAAAGGUGUGCAGAGCUGGAGAAGGAGGUGGCCGUCCUGAAGGAAAAGAUCCAUCACCUCGACGACAUGUUAAAGAGCCAGCAGAGGAAGGUCCGCCACAUGAUUGAGCAGCUGCAGAACUCCCGGACCGUCCUCCAGGAGAGAGAUCGAGUCAUCAGAGAUCUGGAGGAAAGGGUGGCGUUCCUGGAAGCUGAGAAUAGAGAAAUGCAUGACCACAUGGAGUACUUCCUGGCAGGCCAGGAGCCUCCACCGAUGUCUACUGAGAAUAAACCAGAGGUCGUUUACAGCAAAACGCUUACACCGACGACACAGACCAACAAAGCCCUGCCGUUCAUCAAAGUCAUCGAAAUCAAAUCUUGAAUGGAGUCGCUACCACAGCAAUGACCAGAAGUAAAUACUGUGUACGUACAUAUUUAACCACCUACCAGUAUGUAAAAAGUAGACCUGCAGUGAGUUUAAAAAAAAAUUAACAGACCUCGUGCACAUUGGUCUUCUGUUAGUACCUCGUAGUUACUUUUGAUGCUGUUCUACAUACCUUUUUUAUUUGGUUUUCUCAGUGUCAAACUGAAUCUAAACUGGGAUCUGGCAGUAGGAGAAAUCCUAAAAAGAAAACGAGGAAAGAGCAAUGCAAAGAAUUUUCCUGAAUCUCUGCAGUUUGUACUUUCUCAGCAAGUCUUCAGGAUGCAACGGCAGCAGCAAGAGUUCAGUAACAUCCCUAAUGGAACCCCCACUCUGCAGAAUCUGAAUAAGCUGUUUCAACAGGUCAAUGUAAAAAGCAAGAACGUUAAAAAUUCGUAUUAUUAUUAUUACUGCAGGUCAAAUGUCCACAAAUUCACGAUGUGUUAGUGAUUGUGGGCCUCCUCCACCACAAUCCUUCAGGGUCAAAUUCCUCAGCGCUUUGCACCACACUGCCAACGGCAGGCAUGCAGUUAGCCGUGUCAAGGUUGAAACAUGAUUUAUGUUUAACUGAAAUACAUUUUUCUCUGACGUUAGAGUGGGUUAAACAUAUAUGAGUGACAGCUUGAUAUAUUACAGUUUCGACCAUCUUUGAGUAGUGCUGGUAAAUACUUACUAGAGGCUCUUUUCAUUCUUUUUUUUUUUGGCUUUAUUGAUGAGAGACAGGAAAGUGGGGAGAAGAAUGGGGAAGGACUUGCAGCAAAGGGCCGUGAGCUGGAUUGAAGCUCAUGGCCGCUGGAUUGAAGCUCAUGGCCGCUGGAUUGAAGCUCAUGGCCGCUGCAUCGGGGUCUAUAGCCCCUGUUUAUGGGUCGCCCACUCAAACUAUUGAGCUCCUGGGACGCCCGCUCUUUUCAUUCUUAUCUUCUCUGCCAAGUGUUGCCUCAACAUGCUUGUUCUAUAUUCUGUUUGAGUGUAAAGGUUUCAUAUUUAAUAAUGCUGAUUCUACUCAUUAUCUUACUUUCUUAUAUAUUCAUGCAUUGUUUGCAUGGACUUUGUUUCUCUCUGUAAAAUACCAGGAUGAACAUUUUUAUAAAGUAACCCUUUACUGUGAACAUUGUAGAUAGAUCCACUGAAGUUCAUUCUUUGUCCUUUCAUUGUAGAUUUUGUUCAAUCUUAUUUAAAUCUAAUAAAAAAAAACUUUUGUUGGA